ACAGCCUUUCCUAGCGCCCCCAGCUCCCUCUAGGGCCAGGCUCUGGUUGCUAUGGUGAUGGCUCAGGCAGGCCGCCACGGGACUCUUUCUGCUGCGAGCCCCGCCCGGACCCAGCCCCCUACUUCCAGGAUUCGUCAAUGCCCUCCAGUCCCGCGUGGCCCUCGUUGCCAUGGUGAUUGCUGCAGCGAACCCAAUCAGACCUUGUGGUGCAGAACCCAGAGCCUCCGCAGCCGCUGCGGAGCUCUCUGGAAGGAUGAGGUCCUCCCUGCUGCCUCUGGGGCCCCCUGUGAGCCGAGACCGCAUCAUCGCCAGCUUCCCUAAGUGGUACACGCCUGACGCCUGCCUGCAGCUCAAGGAGCACUUCCACAGGCAGGUCCAUGCCGCCUGCCAGCGCCGGAGCACAGGGACCGUCGGGCUCAGCCUCUCCAAGGUGGUGGUGGUCGGUGACCUCUACGUGGGCAAGACCAGCCUCAUCCACAGGUUUUGCAAGAAUGUUUUUGACUGCGACUACAAGGCCACCAUCGGAGUGGACUUUGAAAUCGAGCGCUUUGAGAUUGCCGGGAUCCCCUACAGCCUCCAGAUCUGGGACACAGCAGGGCAAGAGAAGUUCAAGUGCAUCGCAUCUGCCUACUACCGGGGUGCCCAGGUGAUCAUCACGGCCUUUGACCUCACUGAUGUGCAGACUCUGGAACAUACCAGGCAGUGGCUGGAGGAUGCGCUGAGAGAGAACGAGCCAGGCUCCUGCUUUGUAUUCCUCGUGGGAACCAAGAAGGACCUUCUGUCAAGGGCAGCGUGUGAGCAGGCGGAAGUGGAGGCUGUGCACCUGGCCAAGGAGAUGCAGGCUGAGUACUGGUCGGUGUCGGCUAAGACAGGGGAGAACGUGAAGGCCUUCUUCAGCCGCGUGGCCACCCUGGCGUUUGAGCAGUCGGUGCUGCAACACCUGGAGAGGAGGAGUGGCUCCCAGCCCCAGGUCGGCGAUGGAGACUUCAUCCAUAUGGAGGGAAGUCCGUCCGAGAACCAGGAGAGCAAGAGGCCCUCCGGCCUGGGUUGCUGUUAGCUGGGGAUGGUGGCAGAGGCCUUUGUCCCCCACAAGUGCACGGGCAGUGCCUUCUGCGCUGUGGAGGGGCGACGUGAAGCCUGCGCUCUGCGAUGUGCCUGCCCGCCUGCCGCUGCAGCGCUCAGCUGCUUCUCUGGAGCAGGUCGGGAGCCGGGAAAGGCCCUCACCUCCCACUGAGGGCCUCCACACUGCCCAGCACCUGGGGGCCAGUGGUGAGAUCUGGAAAGCCGUCUCAUCUCCGGUCACCAAUCCACCUGGCCUCGAGAGGCCUCGUACUGUGGACAGAGGACACUUGUGCCCCACAGCCCGCAUGCCUGGCCCACAGUGCUCGUCAGCACUCCGCCCAGGUGCUCUUCCUCAGCUUUUCUGCGUCAGCUUCCAGCGCCUUCUGAUCUCAGUGGUCUAGGUGUGCAGGACUUGUCAGAGUCGGCACUCACCUGCCUUCCCCGCCCUGGACUUGGAUGUUUGCAACAGGACCCGCAGUUCUGGUCUCCCUGUCUGCUGGCCCUCUGCCACAGUCUCGCAGGGCCCCUGGGUAGCCUUGCCUCUCUGCAGGAGGGUGGGUGAGAAGGCCUCUCUGGCCCCUUCUGGUCAAGGGUCCAUCUCCGCUACUCCUUGAUCCUUGGGGUCCUGCGCUCCAGUCAGUGGGCAAGGACCAGCAGAACAGGCCACUCAGACUCCUCUGGCCCACCUAGACAGUGAAUUUCUCCAACCGAGCUACAGGAAAAAGACUGCCCAGCUGCCCCUGGGGUGACUCACUGCGACCCCCGCUGAGCAUGGCACUGCCCUGCUCUGCCUCUGGCAGCAGUCCCCCAAACUCUGCUGGGCGAGUGCCCACUGUCGCCCUCACUGCCCCUCUCUCCCACCAGCCUGGGAAUAAGGAAGUGCUGGGCUCGCCCCUCAGGACCUUUGUGAUUGCGUCGCCAUGUCCUUGGAGGACACAAGGCCCUGCAGAGUCGAGCAUGCUCCUGUCUCCAUCAGCCCUCCUGCACACCCAGACAGGCUGGAACAGCACGGCCCUGGGGUGCCCUGUCCUCUGCAUGCCCUCCUGUUGUCCCUCCAUGGGGGCCAUUGACUGCCCCUCUCCCCCCUCACACUCCCACAUCCCUAGGUGUGUGCCCACUCAUCCCUGCCCACCUUGCGCCGUGGGCAGGCAGGCACGUGUGGACACACCUCACCUGCUUCUCGCAGAUGGCCAGCGUUCUGCGGGCAGCCACUCUGGUCGGUGCUGUCGCCCAGUGCCUGGGACAGUGCCUGGCACACCACAGGUGCUCACCGCCACUGCCAGACAUCAGUGGGGGAGGACACUGGCAUUUUUUUUCUGUUUAUUCCCCCUUUGCCAUGUACU